GCUCUUUCAGAUUCAGAGAUUAUUGCUAGAGCUAGUAGGUUAGAGAUUUCUUUUGGGGAGUCACAUGAUCAUCAAAAAAAUUCUAUUAAUUUACUUAAAUCGACUGAAUUAGAACGGGCAGCUACUAUACUUAAAAAUGAUGUUGUUCCUCUAUGCGAUGCGGAUGGAGACCCUCAUUCGUUGUUGGUCUCCAAUCCGUCUGAUCUUUGUGUGGAUUUUGAUGCGGAUAAUCUUGGGGUGGCAACUGAUCAUACGGAUCUGCUUCCUAAGGGUAUCCCAAAGCGGCAACGUAAGAAAAAGUCUUACGAUCUUUCAGCGGUCCGUCGCAGUACACGGCAGCAUAAACAAAGAAAUUUCUCCUAAUGAAGGGUUUAUUUUGGAAUAGUGAGGGACUUCGUGACCCUGCCAAACACCGACUGAUUCAGGAGAACAUUCAUGAGCAGCAGCUAGACUUUAUUGCUUUAUUUGAGACAGGGCGUUCUAACUUUACUGGUCCUUUUUUGAAACAUCUGGCAAGCGGUUUGGCCUAUGAGUGGUAUGUGUUACCGCCUCAUGGUCGCUCUGGCGGUAUUUUGGUUGGUUUUAAUACAAUUAAUCUCCAAGUCAAAAGAGUUGAUACGGGAGACUAUUGUAUUAAAUUUCACCUGCGCUCAAAAUUUGAUGGAUUUGAGUGGGUUCUGGUCCCGGUUUAUGGGGCGGCUCAAAACAUUCAUAAGUCGGAUUUUUUGGCGGAGCUUGUGAGGAUUUGUGAAUCUGAACCGUUGCCCUUGGUGGUCGGGGGUGAUUUUAAUAUUAUUCGGCGUCAAGAGGAGAAAAAUAAUGAUAAUUUUAAUGCCAGAUGGCCUUUUAUUUUCAACGCCAUUAUUGAGAGCCUAGAUUUAAGAGAAAUAGUUCUCUCGGGCCGUCAAUAUACUUGGGCGAGUCGUCGGGACAUCCCAACAUAUGAGAAGUUGGAUCGUGUUCUGACUAGCGUUGAUUGGGAGCAAAAGUUCCCCUUGGUGACGGUUCAUGCUCUGACUCGUGCGAGUUCGGAUCAUACUCCCCUUCUUCUUGAUUCCGGGGAUCAGGCGCACCCGGGUAAUAAAGCUCAAUUUUUGUUUGAGUUAUCCUGGUUGCGGCAAGAGGGCUUCUACGAGAUAGUGGCAGCUGAAUGGGCUGUAUGUCGUGGAGGCUCCUCGCCCAUUGAGAGAUGGCAAAAUAAAAUUAGACAUCUUCGUCGCUUCCUUCGUGGUUGGGCAAAGAAUCAAAGUGGACUUUAUAAGAAAGAGCGUGAUCGUCUGCUUCAUAUCAUUGAUACCCUCGACGUAAAAGCUGAAUCCUCUCCGCUCUCUGCUACUGAGCGAGAUGCGUUGCGUGAUGCCAAUGAUUUUGUGUCCAAGCUGCGCCGGGAUGAGGAAUCCAAAUGGGCGCAACGGGCAAAAGUGAAGUAUGUCCAGGAGGGUGGAAGCAAUGCAAAAGAAAUUCACCUUGUUGCCAAUGGUAAACAUCGUAAGAAAAAAAUAUUCCAACUCGAGCAGGAUGAAGGUAUUAUUGUGGGACAGGAUAACUUGCGUGUUUUUAUUACAGAUUAUUAUAAGAAACUAUUUGGAACACUGGUUUCGAAUUCUUUCUCGCUUAUGGAAGAGAAUUUGCAGGGAAUUACCCUUGUUACGCUAGAUGAAAAUAACAUUCUGGUAGCUGACUUUACUGAAAAGGAGGUUCAUGAUUCGAUUUUUUGAGAUGGAGCAUAAUAAGGCUCCUGGGCCUGAUGGGUUCCCUGCGGAGUUCUAUCAGGUUUUUUGGAAGGUUAUAAAAGUUGACUUGUUGGCCUUGUUCGUCCAACUUCAACAUGGGGAGCUGCCAUUGUUUAAAUUGAACUUUGAGGUUAUUACCCUUAUUCCUAAAAAAGAAAAUGCUGUUCAGAUUCAGCAGUACAGACCCAUUUGUUUUCUUAAUGUUAGCUUCAAGAUUUUCAAGAAAGUCGGUACAAAUCACAUUUCUAGGAUCGCCCAAGGCGUGAUUUGACCAACUCAAACGGCCUUUAUGCCCGGUCGUCAUAUUCUUGAGGGGGUGGUUGUUUUGCAUGAGACCAUUCAUGAGCUUCAUCGUAAGAAAAUGAAUGGUGUUCUCUUCAAAACUGAUUUUGAGAAAGCAUAUGACAAGGUCAAAUGGUUUUUUCUCCAGCAAGC